ACCAAAAAAUAUAAAUAAAAGGGAAAUAGGAAAAUAUAAAAAGAAAAUUGACCCAAAUUCUGAGCAAACAUAAAUCGUUUUCCACUAGCCAAAUUCGCAGUUCCAUCAUUCGUGACUCUUCCAUGUUUAUGAUAGUUUGAAAUAGCCUAAUAUGACGCGCUUCUGGCCAUUGAUUUUCUCAUGGUCCCGUUCGGCUUCCGGAAUUUUCUCGCACUUCUUGAGUGACCACAAUGGUGAAAAUUGGCCAUGGUCUUCUGCACUCCAUGCCGCCUCUACUUUUGAGGAGGAUCAAAAAACAAAUAGGCGCAAGCGUUUAAGUCCUCAUCGGGAUUCCUUUCGUGAUUAUACCAUCAUGCAGUAUGAAAAUCGACUGAGACUGCACGCCCAUCCCACCAAGAUUUUCCGCUACUUUGCCACCAUUAAAAUGAAGAAUAAGUCUGGUAAAUGGGAACUAUAUAUGACUCCCAACGACUUCCUAAGAUCCAUUCAACCCGGAUUAACGCAACCAGAAAACUUGGGCCUGGACAAAUUCCAUAUUCUGGAUGAGCAGGCGGCUAAAAAAUGGAUACCGGAAGUUAAAGAUGAUAGCAUCUUUCUAAAGAUCGAGGAUCGGGGUUUGCUGACCUACAGUGACUAUGUGCUCCUGACCAUCCUGCUCUCCAUUCCGGAGCGAAAUGUUCGGAUUGGCUUCAAGCUGUUCGAUUUGAAUGGUGAUGGCGACGUGACCAUCGAUGAACUGGACACAGUCUUCAUGGCAAUGACGCAGGGUGAAGUCUCCAUGAUGAAUUCCCACUUGAAGAGUCACUUCUUUGGACAUCGACUCAAUAAGACCCUGAGCAUUGAGGAAUUCCUGGAAUUUCUACACGCCCUGCACAUUGAGAUACAUACGGAGCAGUUUCAGAAUCUCUUGAAGGAGUCAAGUUCCGUGAUCUCUGAAUUGGACUUCGCCAAGGUGGUCCUGGGACUCAGGAAGUCACGAAGCGAACGUCGUGAAAUCCUCAAGCGGGUCAAGAACAAGUUUGGCAAGAUGGACCGUGGAAUUACUCUGGAGGAGUUCCUGGCCUUCUUUCGGUUUGUCCAGGAUGUGAGUAUAAUGGAUAACGCCCUCGCAUUUUACUAUUUCACCGGGGCGGAUAUCUCACCGAAAACUAUGCGGCACAUUGCGUAUGUAGUGUCCGGCGUAAAACUUUCGCAGCAUCUCACGGAUGUGAUUUUCUGCAUCUUCGAUCGGAAUAACGACAACAUUAUCCAGCGAAAGGAAUUCACAGAUAUGAGGCGACAGUGGAUGCAUCCCAUACCGUUGCGAAAAAAUCCGGAGCUCUUAUCCAAGAUGUGUAUCGUGUGCAAGUGCACCUGGAAAAUGCUGUCGACCUGGGAACUUGGAAAACCUCAUCCUAGAUACUUGCCCCUCUGGUGAUUUCCUUUGGGACUAAACGCUUUUAGUUCACUGACAAAGGUACACUGCGACAAAUGCCAUU